GGUGCGCUCAUUCGCUCACGAGAGCGAGUGAGAGAUAGCGAGAGAGAGAGCGAGAGAGCGUGUGAGCAUUUAGUCCUGCCAGAGCACAGUAGUGCAACAUCAACGGAAGACGGGAUAAAGAAGCUCUGUGCGAGGGACAAGGGAAACAGAGGAAGACAAGAAAAACAAAGAGGGGAUGGAAUGAAAAAAAGCAUCCUACUGCUGUUGGUUAUCCUGUUUCAUCCCAUUUCUGUUGGAGAAUUCCAUAAGCAAAGAAACAGAGAAAACACAUACAUGUGAUAUAUAUCUAAAAUUCCUAUACAUAUAUAUCAAAUUAUGCCUGUUUUCACAGAAGCUGCUUUGGGGGAAGGACUGUGUUGAGGUCCCUUGCAUAACAAUUGGAAGACUGCUUUAAUGUGCAGCAUUUGGUAAAACUGUUGCAUAUUAAUGCUUUUUGCACAUGAGCGUGAUAAAAGACCACAAACAACACAAACAGCUUUGCUGCAGUUCCCAUUUUUGAAGGCUUCUUGAAAACAGGAUUUUGCAUUGCCUUUUGUUGUCGCCUCUCCAGUUAUCCUGCCCUUGGAACAGGCUGGGGAGUUGAGGCUUGGGUGUGUUGCAUGGACCGCAGUCCACAGGCUCAGUAAUACCCUCCUGUAUUCACAGCAGUAACGCGGCAGCAAGCCUGCUCUUUAGUUGUGUCUGAAAGAGGGAGAGGUAAGUGAGGAAGACAGAAGAAAGCAGAGAGCAAGAAACAACAAAAAGCAUCAGAGAGGGAUUAUGGAGUCGUGGUAAAUAAACGAAGACAAGGAAAGCAAGGAAGGGACUACAGUAAAGAAGUGGGACACUACGUAGAAAUGUAAUUACAGCACAUGUUUGCUCAAAAGUGAGCUUCUCAUAAAUUUAGACUAGGGUGGACUGGACUAGACUCCACAGGCUGGGGGGAUUGUUCAGCACGCUACCCUUGUCAUUCCCCUAUCCCCUGCUUGGUAGCACUUGUGGGGUUGUAGUUGUCUGGCAGCAGAGCUGUAUUGGUGACCCCAUCCUUUUAGGUUCCCUCUCAGGUGUGGUGUGGAGCCGAUCCGACAGCACCAAGAGAAACCCACAACAACAGAGAGUGACUGGAACCCCAUCCCUCUAAACCCAUUAAGCCAAACUGACACUGACGGAGCGCUGUCGCCUAUGGAUUUGAAUGUGUGUGUGUGUGUGUCUGUGAGAGUGUGUGCAUGUGUGUGUGAGCGUGUGGGAUAAAGGCUGCCUGCCUCAGGUGCUGAGGACUGCUUUUAAAUCUGGACUAAAUCAUGAUUUCAGUUUAGAUCUCGUAGGACAAUAUUGAAGAACUGCAGGCUGUGCUUCCGCUGGAGGGGGUGGAAACAAAAACCCACAUACUUUUUUUUCUGGCAUAAUACAAUAUUGAAGACCAAUUGUAGAAUAGCAUCUAACUGGAAUUGCACAUCUGGAAAGGAAAGGAAUGAGAGCAUCAUGUUUCACUUAGCAAAGGGAUUAAAAAGGUCUACAAGAAAAAUAACAAAGAAUCAAAUGAACAUUCAGGUGAAGACCAGGCAGUUGCUAGAGGCAAGAUAAUCUGAGAGGUGAAUAUCAACAACUAACAUAUUUAUAGAUUAUGACAAGUGGAUUAUCUAGAAGUUCCAUUGCUUUGCCCUUUCCCCAUCUUCAGCAUUGAUUAAUGCUUGGCAGGGCAAUUAUUAAAAUCUGUGUGUCCCUCUCCUAAAUGAAGACGUUUACAGAAAGGAGCUUGGAGCCUUGAGGAAUCUGCUUUUCCGCUGGCGCUGCUGGGAUUCCAAAUCUCUCUGGUUUACGGAUAACAUUUUUUCUAUUGUGGUGAGAUUUCUUUUAAAUGCAACGGGCCAGUUCAUUUCUGGGUGACACCUCCUAAACUGGAGGUGCUCCAGAUUUCAGAUCACAUCUGCUAUUGACAUUUGGCAGAAAAGGGCGGUAUUUUUGCAACGCUGCCAGAACUGUGUGUCUGAGUCUGGGACUGAAUCACUGGGGACUCAUUCGUGAGGAGCAGGUUGAGAUUCGAGGUUAGUUUGUUUCACUUACUUGCUCAUCCCCCUUCUUGAUGGCAAUUUAUUACUUCACAAAGAGCCUCCUGUACCUGAGUGUCGUAAUAACUCUCAGCAAGGUAAUUGAAAACUAUUAUUCUUUCAGGCAGCUGCUAUGAAUAUAGGCUAAUCCAUAAGCUCUCAACUCCUUUCCAAAUCUCUAGUGUAUGAAAUACUGAAAAGGCUAUUUUUCCAUGUAAAUUUUUUUGGGCCAGUAAGAAGCCUGCGUUUCUGAAGUUGGUGUUAAUUGGCCUGCACCAGCUUUGAGACACUUCAGCAACUGAACAGAAGCAGCAUCCACAGGUAUCAAACAUGGCUGCCCAUUCUGUGCUCAUCUGCCUCGCCUUCAGCUUUCUGCUGGGCUUCACUUCACUGGGCCAGAACUCUAGGGAGGCUGGGGCCGAUGCCCAGGCCACCAACCAGACGGCAGCCACCUCUAAUUCUCUGGAGGCUACGCUGGCCACGCCGGUAGCGGAGGACCAGACCAUCCCAAUGAUAGGCAGCCGCUGCCGGGGCUACUACGACGUCAUGGGCCAAUGGGACCCACCAUUCAACUGCAACGCGGGUGUCUACCUGUUCUGCUGCGGCUCCUGCUUUUACCGCUUCUGCUGCCAGUUCAAGGUGCACAGCCUGGAGCAGGAGUCCUGUUCCAACUACGACACGCCCGUCUGGGCCAACACCGGCAAGCCGGCGGUCCCCGUCACUGAGGUGCAGGAGGAGCCCGACCGAGACCGCACCCACAUGAUCGUCUACAUCAUCUGUGGCGUGGUGGCCAUCAUGGUGCUGGUGGGCAUCUUCACCAAGCUGGGCCUGGAGAAGAGCAGAGGUGGCCAGACAGACAUGACCAACUCUAGGGCCUUGACAGAGUUGUUGAAGCAGCCCGGAGAGGUGGGCGGAGUGGGCGGGGCCGGGGGUCACCACCCCAUAGGGACCAAUGGGAUCUCUGGCAGGUCACUGCGCAGCAACAACGAUCACAACCACCUGAAUAACGCUGCCCUCUCACCCCUGGGUCCAGCGAUGGCACUCUCACACCCUCACAACAACCUUGGUCUGGGCUUUAACAAGUGCGCCUCCCUCAAGGCUGUGGGGGUUUGGCCACUGGAUAACAGAGCUCUUACUGUAUCUGAACAAAGGAGGACAUUGUUGAGGUCUCUGGGGGUACCAGCAGAUACGGCAGCAAGAGAAGGGUACUACAAGGGCUACCCCAUGGUGGACUACUCCCGCCAUCACUCCUCGCCCCCCACCUUCCAGCCCAUCGCCUUUCACAAGGACAAGCCCUUCCUUCCCCCUCCAGACAUCCACGCCCCACUGGCCAUAACCCUCACCGCCGCCCAGCUCCCCAAGCCCAAGGUCUCCAAGCCUAACACUCACCCGCUUCCCUCCAGCUCAGCCUUCAAAGUCUGGGACCCUAGUAAGGGCCAUGUCCAGCAUCCAACGGCUUCCCACAUCGGGCAGGCACAGCAGCAGCAUCCGCAGCAUUUGCAGCAUCCUCAGCAUCAGCAGCAUCUGCAACAUCAACAACAUCAACAGCAGUUACAUCAACAGCCCAACAGCCGCCGGCAGGCCUACUCCAACAAGCGGCAGUUCAGCAUUGAGACACUCCCGGAACUCUUCUCCCAGCCCCUGGGCUAUGGACAGUCGCCCCACAUGCACCCCAAAAACAAAGGGCUGCCCACCAACAGCAAGACAGAGGUCACAGUCUGAGCAUGAACAUUUGGAGAGCAGGAGGGCAAGAAAAGAGUCUAUAGGACUGGGAGUAAGGCCUGGGAGCGAGAGCUUUUUGUACGAAUCAAUGUCGUGUUGAUGGCUGGGGGGAUGAACAGGAACAGGCAAUCUUCUAUUGCUAUUUUAAUUGCAGGUUUUCUUUGUUAUUGAUAAUGUAACACCCAAAAGGGAAGGUAAUGAUCACAUGAAGUGACUUGCUCUCUUUAAACCUGGUUCCUUUAAAUUCCCUCUCUGUCCCAGCGUCCUCCCUGUUUUGUUUUGUCUCCUCUUUGCUCCCCCUGGCACCACUACUCUACAAAUCCCCCCCCCCCCCACACACACACACACACUUACACACUAUCCUACUGUUUGCAGCCUGUCAGAGUGGUACACAUGGGUAAAGCACCUCCAGGACCCUGAACAACAGCAGUGACAAUGCCAUUGUCUUGUCAGCUCCCAUCACCCUCCAUCCAGAACAGAGUGAGAUACCAUUCUGGCAAAUCUGUACCAGCGAGAGAGAGAGAGAGAGAGGAAGAGAGAGAAACAGCGGGAAAGGAGGGGCUUGUUAUUCAUCCUGAAGCGUAAGGGAUGAGGAACUAAGCCGGACAGAGGUUUGGUGCGGCAAGCACCUCCUGUUCCUCACCUGCUGGAGAAGAGCCCCGAAGUUUCAGGCCCCCUGGUCGUCAAAACUGGGGAAUCUCACACAGUGGUUGUGUCUGGAGACUCCCUGGGGAUCGUCAGCGUCCAAGUCUCUCAGCGUUGUGUUGUUUGUUGUUAUCUUAAUCGGUGACGCAUGCAUCGGAAAGGGCAAACAGCACAGGUAUCAGCAAGGUCACCACAGUCGUGUUAAAUGGAACCGUCUGUGUUAGUGAAGCUUCAGCAGAGGCCCGAUGCAAAUCGCAAGGGACAAUAGGCGCCUGCAAGAGGGCAGGACAGGUCACUGUGUCUGUCCUGGGUAAUAUGGUGCCGAAGGCAAUACAAGGGUGGGAAGUUGUAGUUGUGAAGUAAAGGUCAUUGCUUUUUUAUUUUAUCUUAGCUUUGGCUUGCUGUUGAAGAAUUUAUCAAAACAUGAAUGCACAAAGGUCAGGAAGGAAGGAAAAUCAUACAGAGUAUUUUAUUAAAGUAUGUCUUCCAGACUGGCAGCAAUUCAUGUGAUGCAUGCAUAUAUUAUUGUAAUAUUAAAAUAGGCUUUAAUAUGAUCAUUUUGUUGAAUGCAGUUGUAUGGUUCAUCUAUAUGUAUAAUGAGUCACUGUAAAUGCAGCUGGGUUGAAGCUAGUGGCUAAACAUAGACAUUACAGUAAGUCUUUCCCAACCACAAGGAUUAUUUCCAAUAGUCAAGCUACAGGAGAGCAAGCAACUCCUCUUGGCUCGUUAUCAUUUUACACUUGACCGCAAGGUACAAUAUAUGCAUGGAAAUCUGAUACGUCUAAGUUCACAGAAGCGCCGUCCUUCACCGUACAUUUCAGUGGACUCUCCUUCAAUUUAGCCCAAGCCUCAAGCUUAAUGUAUUAUCAUAAGUAAACAGGUUACGCCGCAGUGCAUACCUACGCCCAGGGUAUUCCAGACAGGUGGAACCGUAUCAACGGAUGGCAGCCAGUCAGUCGUGUUUACUAGAGUCAUUCACCAUUUGCUGCUACUGUUGCUCCUCCCCACCAACCAGCUUCCAGUUUGUUCCUGAGCUCCACCAGACCCCCUUUCCUCUGCUCUUCCUUUCCCCAGUGGGCUUGACUUAUGGUGGGAGCCUCCAGCAUCCAACCCCUGCAUGGUCUUCCAAGCUGUUCCCAGCCAGGGGACACCAUGCCUCCUCACGGGGGGUGCAGCCAUAACUAAUGAUACCCAAUCGCCAGCAUGGCAGGCCCUCACACACUCUCACACACUAGGCAUGCAUGGAGUGGAGCAGGGCUUUCACAGUGUUAAAUGAUUUGGAGAUUCAUUCGGCUGCUAUUGUUGAGCCAUUCUGUGUUAUGGACAGACACCAAGUGGUUUCACUGUAGCCUAUGCAGCAGCAUGAUAUGGAAUAUAGGACAUUUUAAUUGAUUUAAACUACGUGCAGCCGAUGGAGUCAUUCGUGUUGGAAUUGGAGACAAUUAUGGGUUAAUGCUUAUGUUACAUUUCAUUGGGGAUUUGAAUUAUCUGUUCACAGUUCAUACUUCAGGAUAAAGCUGUUAUGUAAUCUACAUAAGACCCACUUGGAGUUGUUGUUGUUUUUAUGAUAUGGUUGAAUAAAAGUACAUCAGAAAUAGAGAAGUGUUGGGAAAUGCACAGUACAUGUGUAAAUAUGCAGCAUGCACAUCUGCACUCAUAGCUACCGUAUGCAGCAUGCACAUCUGCACUCAUAGCUACCGUAUGCAGCAUGCACAUCUGCACUCAUAGCUACCGUAUGCAGCAUGCACAUCUGCACUCAUAGCUACCGUAUGCAGCAUGCACAUCUGCACUCAUAGCUACCAUAUGCAUCAUGCACAUCUGCACUCAUAGCUACCGUAUGCAGCAUGCACAUCUGCACUCAUAGCUACCGUAUGCAUCAUGCACAUCUGCACUCAUAGCUACCGUAUGCAGCAUGCACAUCUGCACUCAUAGCUACCGUAUGCAGCAUGCACAUCUGCACUCAUAGCUACCGUAUGCAUCAUGCACAUCUGCACUCAUAGCUACCGUAUGCAUCAUGCACAUCUGCACUCAUAGCUACCGUAUGCAUCAUGCACAUCUGCACUCAUAGCUACCGUAUGCAGCAUGCACAUCUGCACUCAUAGCUACCGUAUGCAGCAUGCACAUCUGCACUCAUAGCUACCGUAUGCAGCAUGCACAUCUGCACUCAUAGCUACCGUAUGCAGCAUGCACAUCUGCACUCAUAGCUACCGUAUGCAGCAUGCACAUCUGCACUCAUAGCUACCGUAUGCAUCAUGCACAUCUGCACUCAUAGCUACCGUAUGCAUCAUGCACAUCUGCACUCAUAGCUACCGUAUGCAGCAUGCACAUCUGCACUCAUAGCUACCGUAUGCAUCAUGCACAUCUGCACUCAUAGCUACCGUAUGCAGCAUGCACAUCUGCACUCAUAGCUACCGUAUGCAGCAUGCACAGUCACCAUUUAGCUUUCUCCAGCUUCAAUUCGUAAAAGUGGGGGUGGGGUUUAGACACAAUGAUUCUUAGCUUAACAGCCCAGCCAUAUAAAGUAUUCUAUGGAGUCUCUCCUCUAUCGUUCAGGAUGCAUUACUGGUUGUGAACAAGCAAUGGAUGUGUGCAAGUAACAAGCAAUAUGUUCUGUCUGCAAAGCAAUAAGUACCCAUCUAUCUGCAAACCCUCUCUCUGGAGUCUGACUUUGGACCAUUCCGGAGUCCUUUAAGUGUGGGGAGCUGAGGUGGGAGCAGAGCUACAUAGACCAAGAUUUUUCAGGCUCUUCUGAAAGGUAUUAUUAAGGACUAUUUUCUCAGAAACCAGACCACGGAGCUUUUCACAGAGCUUAUUUUCAUUUUUUCUUCUGUCUCCUCGUGCGCUUCUCCGGCAGAGGAAGUUGCAUUAGCGAAUCAGAACUCUGAGAACCCUUUCCACUCAGAAAAAAAGCUUGAUUAGCUCUCCAUGACCUUUUACUAUUGGACGGAUUCAAAUGUUAUUUUACAGACACAAUUCCAGCAAGGCCAUACUAAAGAAAACACAAACCUACAAGCAGUUAUCAGGGCUGGCCUGCAAGAGUGGACACCUCUGAAACCUCAGCUGAGCUCUACAGGCUGCAGGCACUAGGAUAGUUUUGCUAAUGCUAGCUGAACAAUGCUGACAUUGUGACACAUGGAUCCUUCAGGCUCCGGGGAGUCUCCAUGAGGAGGGUGAGUCUCUGAGGCCUCAAGGACAAACACAGCCUGGGGCCAAGCUGACAGCUAGCGAGGCACCAGGAUGUUGCCAGGCUAGCGCCUUGGCUUGCCUCCUAUAGUAGAACGAAGCACUGUAAUUGGCUGAGAUUCCACCUUAAUGUCCCUCUUCUUCCCAUCCUAGUGCUGAGCGAAUGUUGACCCGCAGGUAUAUCUGACUCACGGGAGACAAACACUGCUGACUGUUCUAAACAGUGACACCCUACUUGAGUAUCAUUUACCCGGUGAAGGGCCUUUUUGGCCCACAGAUAUGCCAGAGUCUUUUUGCCGCAGGCCUCCGUACAGUGAAUCCUACACCAAUACUGUCACAGUAAGCCCGCUGGUUUUGGAUUGCCUCAGUCUGUGUUGGACAGUCAAAAGUGAAUUAAAGCUGUCGAAGGCUUACUGGCCCAAAGUUUUGCCUCAGUUUCUCAACACUGGACGAGGAGCAGGACAGAGGAGCCAUGUAUAUCUCACAGUCGUCUAUUCUGUGGUUGUAGGUGCUGGACCAAAAUAAUUCUUAUCAGGAGAAAUUGAGUACACGUAACUGUAGCACACAGUGGGAAUGUCAGUGUGGACCAUCAGCUUAGUGUGCAUACUCAAUCUCUAUGAUUACACUGUAUAUACGGCACUCUAAAAGAGCUGAAUGACUGUUCUUUGUAAAACUUCCUUAAACGCAACUAUUCUACAACAGGUUAUCUGAAUGCAACCUGGUAGACAUACUUGGGUUUCAUCCUUAGCAAUAUAUUGUGUAUAAUUUUUUUGUACUGUAUUUGGAUUGGAAGUUCUUUCAAAAAAGUAGCGUUUGACUGACGAGAGAUGAAGUGCUUUCAGAUUCAAAACUUGCCACGCACAGAAAACGUCCUGUGUUUGAAGCUUGUGCUUUUUCGGAUACUAUGUAUGGUACAUACACACAUGUAUUCAUGUCAAAAAUGCAUUGUAUUCAAGUGCUUUGGCAACACAUUAGUUAACAAUGACAAUUGAAGAUUUGUGAUUCCUGUGCAACUUAUAUCUGCAAAUCAUGUGUUGUUCCAUACUUUUGGUAGUAGACUACCUUUGAUUGUUACGUACUUGUGUAUAUAUAUUGUACCACUUGUCUUCUGUAAAAAUGGUUAAAUACUUGUUUGAUAUAAGGGCUUUUUUAUAGACUUAAACCAGAAAAACACAUCUUUCUCUCGUUUUGCAGUGAGUGGAGAGCUACCGGUGUUUGGGUCACCCAGAUUGCGGUGUCCAAAUUAAUUUGUUUUGACAUCUCCGAUUUGGCCGAAUCUGUUUCUUUGGGUUGUUAGCUGGCAGAAACGUUUCAAACCCCUGGUGUAUGUGAAGUUAUCUGACAACAUGCGAGGCUAAGGAGGGGAGGCCUACUCCUCGUUCUAUCAGCUAAAAGUCCCCCCUUCCCCACUCUGUAAAGCAGGGCAAAUACUGGUACUAUUUUUAAUCUUAACCUUACGAGGGGGCCCAGUAUCAGAAAGAUUUCUUUACCAUUAAGCCACCAUACCCACCUCUUCCCCAGCACCAUGAAAUAGUAUCCGUGGGUGCGUAAACAAGAAGACAAGAAGAAACCAUAGGGAGGAUUUUAAUUGACGUCCUUAACCAAGCAUCUAUCAAGUACCUUUGCAAUGCCUGUAGACUUGGUCAAUAAAAUAGCCCAAUUAUAAAUGUAAAAUUGGAUUGUUUUAAAUGAAAUUGUCAUCUAAUUUGAUUUAUAUUCAAGGUCCAUGGCUUUUAAAUUAAUCCAAAAAUUGGUUUGGACACCUCUUAAUAUGCCCAGGCUGUCGAGAUAGAAUGGAGAUACAAGGUAAUUAAGGUGCUGGAACAUUGCAUGUUUUGACCAGAAAUGAUAUUAAUACUGCCCGGGCAGUGUACUAAUUAUACUGCCCGACAUCUAAAAAUAAUCUUUGUUGUUGCAGGUGUUCUUAUGUUCUCUGUUUACAUGUGGUUUUGAUUAUGCAGUUCUUUAUUCAUAGUUAAAGGCCACGAGAAAUGGAGCUAAAAAUGUAUAUUUAAUGUCUAGAAACAUGUGUAGGCCUACAUGAUGUGAAUAAAUGUGUACACACAAACACACAUGCACUCAGUACAGUACACACUGACACAGUAAACACAAUUCCAGAAGAACAGGAAAGACAAAUGAAAAGCAUAUUGUAUGUUAAUUUGGAGGCUAUCAUUCACAUUGUAUAAGGAAGACAGGCACUGUCAACAGAGGAAAAAAAAUUGAAGACCAACCCUUUGGUCUGCUGGGCAUGUUCUCCAUGAGUUCAGCAUUUAUCUGGGCAUCCCUUUCUCCUAGUGCCCUGCAUUUGUUUUGUUCUGCCACCCCAUCCCAAACAGAGACCCAUGCCAGCUGUCACUGAUGUUUCACUUCAUUUAUAUGUCUCCAGGGUCUGGACUGACUCCAUCAGAGAGAGCAAAGAGCCAAACUCCACAAACCACAUCCCUGUCUUGCUCUCUCUCACAUCCUCCCACUCCAGUAGUGGACAACCUGAGGCAAUGUCCUGAAUUAGGAAUGUUAAAUGUUCAGGUUAAAAGACUCUGAAAUACAUAGCAGCACACUCCUAUUAUAGAGCAUUAAUAUAACUACACUAAAGGUUUACAGGAUGUUGCAUUUGGGCAGCAGAUCAGUUGAUAGGAGUGUUCCAAUGAGCUCCUUCCACAAAGACAGAGGACAUUGAUAUGAGGGGAAUAAAAUUAAAAAAACUCCCACCCAACCUUAACACUUCAGUCCUAUGCAGAUUCAAUCGGUCUCAUAAAGACACCAUCAUAGCCUCAAUAGGGUCCUUUCAUUCCCUAGCUGUUUACUUACAUUUUAAAAGAGGUUAUCAUUGAGGAUGACGAUGAUGAUAAUGACAACAAUGAUGAAGAUUGUUUCCAUUUUUACAGCACUAAUUACAAUAAUUUUUGAGGAAGAGUCAAGGUCAAAGUUAUUGUCUGGCUUUUUAACCAUCUCUUUUUAGAGGAAACCUUACUAAGUGUUCUUUGUAUGAACUUGAUAAAAAAUGAAAAUGGUCAGAGAAA